AUGGAAGAACCUUCUCGAAGAAGAGAUUUUAAAAAAUCAGCGUCGGCCGGAACCACAAAAGGAGGAAUUACCGGAGGUGUCGCUGGAGCGGCAAAGAACGCUGCACAAUACAUAAUAAAACAAGGCGGAACUCGCUGGUAUAAUGGAGUGAAUAUAUUUGAUAAAACCGUCAGAAAUGCAAAAGGAUAUCCGAAAUGGUUUGCUAGAAUUGAUAUGCCGACGGUCAAAAAUCCACAGGCGCACAUUAAUGUCAACAAAGCAGUUACUGGGCUAAAGGACCCUCACAUGGCUAUAUCAACAACCACUGCUCAAAACGCUGCAACAGCUGGAACAGUUUUGAACUUUCUGAACAAGGCGGCUCCGGUACUUACUGUAAUGGCAGUAGCUUAUGAUGGAUAUCAGAUUGGGAAGAAUGCGAUGGAUGAUAGAGAGAAAGGAUCAACCAGGAAUACCACGAAAAAAGUGGUGACCACGGCGGCGACAUGGGGUGGUGGAUAUGGUGGGGCUGCUACAGGUGGAGCCAUCGGAACUUCGCUGUUUCCCGGAGUAGGAACCCUCAUUGGUGCAAUAAUCGGUGGAGUAGCGGGAGGAAUUGGUGGAAACGUGGCUAGCAAUGCGGUUGCAGACGCUGCCAUGGACAAACUGGAGUACGAUAUUUGUUACCCGAAAUGCACAAUUUGUCGGAGAAUUUUUGAGUGCCGAAAAUUCGAAACAGGAGCCAGAAGUAUCUGUGAUAAAUGCAGUGAGAAGUGUAGUUGGUGUGGAACGAUGAAGUCGGAUGAUUCGGAAUCGGACGCCCUAGAGACUGUAAAUCUGGAAGAGGGCAUGGUUAAGCUGUGCAGUACGUGUUUGGAAGUUUUGAAGAAAGAAGUUCUAGCGGAACUUGAAAAAACGGGGAAACCGAAACCCGAAUCUUCAGAAUUCUGGAAUUGUAAACGAUGUGGAUAUGACAUGAAGUCAGACUUUUUCAAAACUUCAGAAGAACAUUUGAUACUCUGCAAGACUUGUCGGGAUAACGAUGCAAAUGAUAUUCUUGAGCAGAAGACCAGGGAUUCUGAUAAUCUCAACCCGAACUGCGUUACAAUAAGAAAAGAAAUGAAUACAUGUAAAUGGUGUGACGAAGAUUUUCUGUGGACAGAGGCUGACGGUGCGAAGGAUUUCUGUCCUGAGUGUGAGGAGAAGAGACCGAAAAAGAAAUAA